AUGUUGCUCAAUGCCGAAACUGCCAUCUCGACCUCUAAGGUCCUACUCGUCCCAUACUCAACAUGGCACGUACCCCGCUACCACGAAUGGAUGCAAGACGAGGAAAUCCAAGAAGCAACCGCCUCAGAACCAUUAACUCUAGAAGAAGAAUACUCCAUGCAGCGCAGUUGGCGCCAAGAUGCAGACAAGUUGACAUUUAUCACCUGUCGGCCAGUAACUCGUUUCCCCAAUGAGAACAGCUCACAAAUGAAGCUUUGUUCCGAUGAUGAGGCUCCAGGAAAUAUGAUCGGAGAUAUAAACCUCUUCCUCCGCAUUGAAGACGGUGAAGAUGGAGACGCGCCUCCGCAGGUUGUUGGCGAGAUUGAGCUGAUGGUUGCCGAGAAAGCGAAUCAGCGGAAAGGAUUCGGGAAGGCUUCGCUGUUGGUAUUCUUGCGGUAUGUAGCGGAGAAACAGGCGGCUAUUCUAGAGGAGUUUGUGAAGAGUGUUGAGGAGGGGGAGAGGGAGAAAUUGGUGCAGGCUGCGGGUGGGGAGGCGUUGAGAUUGCAGUGGCUGAGCGUUAAGAUUGGACAGGAGAAUUUGAGGAGUUUGGCAUUGUUUGAGAGCUUGGGGUUUGUGAAGGUUUCUUCUGAGCCGAGUUUCUUUGGGGAGUUCGAAUUGAGAAGGCUGGACUUGGGAGUUCAAGGGUUUGUGGAAGCGCUGGACGGUGCUGGGGUUGAGGGAUAUACCGAGUUAGACUAUGAGAGGAAAGAAUAA